AUGGCUGCCAUUGAAGGUUUUGUAGAUAUUAUUCGAGAUUUAGUUAAGAAUUUCAAGACAAAUGAGGAAAUUUCGAGCAUUCUAAAGACCCAAUACGGAGUCUUGAGAGGCGCAUCUGUAAGGAGCAUAAAGACAAUAUGUUCGAAGUACAAUAUUCGGAGGUCUUAUGUAACUCCCACAGAGGUCGUGGCAAAUGAAGUCGCAAAAGCUAUUGGUGAGGUAGGAACUACCUAUGGGCGUAAGAUGAUGACCGGUUAUCUUCGGUCAAAGGGCAUCAAAGCAGGGGAGACGCGAGUCGGGAAAGUCUUAAGAGAGGAAAACCCGAAUCACCAAAGGCGACAGGUCUCAAAAAACCUAAACCCAAUACCAUAUCAGGCGGCUUAUUUCAGACAUAAAAUGCAUAUAGACCAGAACGAAAAGCUGGUCAUGUUUGGAGUGACCCAUGUACUAGCGCGGGAUGGCUUUAGUGGAAAAAUCGUGUCCCACGCAACCAUGGCCGUCAAAAACAAUUUGACGAUUUAUGAAGAAGUUUACAAGCCUGCCGUUAAAAUUUACGGAAUAUUUGACCAAGUCCGUGUGGACCAUGGUAAAGAAUUUUACUUAACCCUGUUCAUGCAAGAAGAAAAUGCUGAUAUUCGCAUUAACCAAGAAAGGACGCCAUAUCUCCAAACGUCGUCUAAAUAUAACCACACCAUUGAGAGAAUUUGGCCUGAGGUUAACAAAAGGGUAAAUUACCCUUUUAAAAACGCCAUGAUUGAACUUGUCGAAACAGAAAAGAUUUCUUUAGACAACAACGUACACAGAUAUUGCAUGUCUACAUUAUUGGUCAGCUUGUGCAGCAUCGGUGUGCAGCGAGUCGUCGAUGCAUGGAAUGAGCACAGAAUACCAGGUAAAGGCGUUCCCAAUGAAAUCGCUUCAAGGGAGGCAUGGGCCCCUGUAGCUGACCCGCAGAGAUUUCCGUCCAAGGAGGUUGCAGCGGAGAGAUACCGUGCCCGCACUGGGACGACACUUAAAGAAUUUUCCCACUUCGCAAGAGACCCAUUUCCUUCUCCAACUGAGCGCGAUGCAGUGCAGACUGCGUUCAAUUCCUCUUUUCCAGACCUAAAUCAACUAUGUAACUCUGUCUGUUCCGGGCAUUUCGUCCCGUUUCAGGAUGCGCUAUUGAAAUUCAUAGAGCUGACGGAACAACACAGUUAGAGCUGUUUAUGGCUAUGAGGUUUUGUAGCUGUAAUUACCUCUGAAAAGAUCUUUUUUUGACCUGCUCUUUUUUGUGUGUGAGUGGUCAAAUGUUGUCUUUCGGUAGCGGCCGGCCACAGAGAAUCAUGUGCUGGGAUUAUGUGGUCUGCAACGGUGACUCUUGGUACAGCCAAUACUUACCCCAACUUCUGCAAUGGACAGUUUUUAUUGCGCGCAUAUGUGAUAGAUGCGUCCCCUUUGUCUUAGCAUGCAGCUACCUAGGUUUGGAGUUGCUUUCUCUCUGGCGUUGCUUCCACUUCUCUUCCCGUCAGUUCCACCUCUGAAUUUCAGCUCACAAUUCCCCUCAUGCUUGUAUAUAGUCCACAAUCUUUUCUUUUUGAGUCCAAUGAUUAUACAUCUAUUUUUAUAGCAAUCAUUAAGAUGGCAGGUGGCUCACAUCUCACGUGAUGAAUAGAGUUUUUAAUGUUUACCUUUAUUCAGGUUGGUGAGCCAGUUGACCGGUGUGAAGGGAAUGGAUGUCCGCCGUAAUUCAUGUCCGUAGGACAUGUAUUCCUAGGAAUGGGAAUGCAUGUCCUGGCUCUCUUCCUUUCCUAGGAACACAUGUCCUAGGACAUAAUUUCCUGGGAUUUAACGUCCAGUGGACACCCAUUAUUUAGUAUUCUAAGUCCUGCAGACAGGUAUCGAUGUCCAAGUCGGACAUAUUUUCCCACCCAGACU